AUGUCGUCUGCGACCGAAGAUACGAAUCAUAAAUCAGAAACGGCAGCACCAGCGCCGGCAGCACCGGAAAACAACACGCCCGAGGAAAAUCCCUUGCAGGCGAAAGCCGACGAGCUCGGUGCUCGUGGGAAUGAAUAUUUCAAGGAACAAAACUAUGAGCAGGCAAUUGCGCUCUAUACGGAGGCUAUCGAAACGUGCCCUAAUGAGCGGUUCUAUGCGAACCGUAGCUUUGCUCACUUUAAGAAAGAAUCGUACGGUUACGCGUUGACCGAUGCCGAUAAGGCGAUAUCGAUGAAAAAUAGCUACACCAAAGCGUACUACCGCAGGGCUGCCGCCCUGAUGGCGCUCGGAAGGUUUAAGAAGGCGCUGGCCGAUUUGGAACUAGUGGCGAAACGAUGUCCCAGCGCGAAGGAUGCCCAGGACAAGUACACGGAAUGUAAAAAGAUGGUAAACAAGAUCGCGUUCGAGAAAGCCAUCUCGGUUCAGCAUCAAGAAAAGAGUGUGGAAAAAAUGUGCUGUGAUCUGGAAUUCGCGACUAUCGAGGACGACUAUAAUGGACCAAAGUUGGAAAAUGGUAAGGUAACUUUGGAGUUCAUGGAGAACCUGCUGGAGUGGUAUAAGAAACAAAACAAGUUGCACAAAAACUUCGCCUAUAGGAUUCUUUGUGACAUGGAAACGCUCCUGAAAACGCAACCCUCCCUGGUGGAGAUUACGGUGCCGGACGAACAAAAGUUUACCGUGUGCGGUGAUAUUCAUGGUCAAUUUUACGAUCUGCUUCAUAUAUUCGAAAUUAACGGUUUGCCAUCGCCCACUAAUCCCUACCUGUUCAAUGGGGACUUCGUAGACCGGGGCUCAUUUUCGGUGGAAUGUAUUUUUACCCUGUUUGGAUUCAAGUUACUGUAUCCGAACCACUUCUUCCUGGCACGCGGAAAUCACGAAAGCUUCAACAUGAACCAACUGUACGGUUUUACUGGCGAGGUGGUUUCGAAGUACUCGCAAAACAUGGCGGAUAUGUUCACGCUCGUUUACAACUGGCUGCCGUUGUGCCAUUUGAUCAAUAAGAAGGUUCUGGUCAUGCACGGCGGUUUGUUUUCGAAGGACAAUGUAACGCUGGACGAUUUACGCUCGAUCGACCGCAACUGUCAACCGCCGGAGGAAGGAUUAAUGUGCGAACUGCUCUGGUCUGAUCCACAUCCGCAACCAGGACGCGUACCGUCGAAGCGCGGCGUCGGCAUAGAGUUUGGACCGGAUGUUACGGAAGCUUUCCUGAAGCACAACAGCCUGGACUAUAUUAUCCGUAGCCACGAGGUGAAAGCGGAAGGCUAUGAGGUAGAUCAUAAUGGAAAAUGCAUUACCGUCUUUUCGGCACCUAACUAUUGCGACCAAAUGAAGAAUCUUGGUGCGUUCAUCACACUGAAAGGAAACGAUUUGACGCCGAAAUUCACCACCUAUUCGGAAUCGCCCCAUCCCUCCAUUCGGCCAAUGGCUUACGCUUACAGUUUAAUGGCAUAG